AUGAAUCACCACACAUGGGAUGCUUACAGCAAAAGUUAUUUAAACAUUUAGAAAAAUCCUGCUACAUUUUAACUCACUUUAAUGAAUAUGUUGAGAUUUGAGCAAGCAGAUGAGUAAUAAUUAUGGAAUAAUAUUAGAAUUUUAGAUGCAGGAUGUGCAGGUGGACAACUACAUUAAUAUAUUUUACAGUAAAGGAAAAAGAAUUGUAAAUUGACUGCAUGUGAUUUUUCUAUGGAAAUGGUCAAGUUAGCAUCUGCAAGAAUGUUAAAAUUUUUAAAUAACCCACUUGAUGGAGCAAUAUCAGAAAUCAGUGCUUAAGAGAUUGAAAAUGUUGAUUUAAGUAAUUUUGAUGUUCAAAUUUUAUAGAUAGUCCAUUAUUCGAAUAAAACAAAUAUAAAGUCUUUUAAGGAGAUGUUUAAUCAUUACCUUAGUUGAAUGAUAAUUAAUUUGAUAUUUAUAUUUCAAAUAUGGUGAUACAUUUAGUAGAGAAUAAAGAUCUAGCACUAUAGGAGGCUUUUAGAGUAUUAAAGCCUGGAGGGAAAAUAGGAAUUGUGAUUCCAGUAGUUUCUGGGAAUUUAUUAAUGUCAACAUUAACUAAAUGCUUUAUAUAAGCUGGUUUAAUAAAAGAUAUGCCAUUUAAACCAACCGAUAUUGAAACAAGGGAAGAUAUAAUAAAUUUCUUAUAUAAACAUGGUUUUAAAGAGAUUGGUAAUAUAUAUUAAUAAUUAUAGUAUGUUGGAAUUAAACAAUUCCAUUUGAUUUAUUUGAUAUAGAUGAUAAUUAUAUUUUUCCAUAAUUUAGAGAAAUUUUAGAUAAAGCUUCAAAAGAAUAAGUUGAUUAAUUCUAUUCAUUAUAUAAAUCAGAAGUAUAAAAUAGAUUGAAUCUAAAUCUACCAUUUACAGUUGAAGCAUUAUCUUUGAUAGCUAAAAAACCAUUAUGA